CCGUUUUUUCGCCACCGGAAUAAUCGAUGUGCCUACGUGGCGGCCAUGUUGGGAAGGCGGACUUUCCCAUUGAAGGCAAUGCAUGGACACUGAAAUUGUCGUAACUUUCUGAUUUCUCAACCGAUUUUCAUGUGGAUUACUGUUUUGUUAACGCCGAAACAUAUCCUAUCUAUAGACACUUUUUUUUCUAAAGCAACAAUUAUUAUUUUUACACGCAGAAGGGACUCCCAGUUUCCUUGUCGUAAUUGUACGCCAUUUUACGCAACCGUAUGCACCACAAUGUACUGACAUCCUUGGUCUUUUAGUUUUCUUGCUGUCCACACACAUUGAAUGCACUGACGACGUGGACCUCCCUAGCUUAGUGUCAACAUCGGCACGGAGCUCAAAAUGGGCGUGUCAAUCUACCAAUACAUCCGUGAGGGUAAUGACGUAGGGCGGUAGAAGCGAAACUGUGUAACUUGACGAACUAUAUAUAUAUCUAUUUUUAAAGCAAUACUAGCAAAGCCCGGUCAGAUGUGUGUUUAUUUUGGAUAAUGUGCAAUACACUAGUCACCGUUUUUAAUUGAUUACUACGCUUAACAGAAGGAAAACAUGGUUCAAUUUCAUCUUGGUACAAGCUGAAGCUUCUCGAAGUUGGAUCUUUUGAGCCGCCUCAACGCCGGCUUGUCUCCCGCAAGAAGAAUACACAGUUAAAGGUGUUAUUGUUUUGGUUAGUAUUUCCGUUUUGAUAAUGUCGAUUUGCGUGCUCGUGACGUAACUUGCGACCAAGCGCGCUGCUGUGGAUUUUCCGCUGCAGCUCCCCAUCCGCACACUUUUUAUUAUUAUUUUUUAACGUAAUCGCUGCUCUCUCUUCGACGAACCUCACUAAAUCUUACUGAAUUUCUACGAACUGAAUCCUCGAAUCCGCGGUGCGUCCAUCGGUACUUCGCUUGGACUCAAACAUUAUUCGUUAAAUCCUCGUGUCCGGUUUAAGUCGUAUCGGUGCCCGUUGAAGCUUCCAGGCCUAGCCUAGCUUAGCCUAGCCUAGCCUGCUGACAAAGAGACGCGUUUGUCAUCGACACAUCGCGAAGCCGAGAUCGAGUGGGAGCCACACAAAAAAAGCGCCGUGACUGCCGUGUGAGAAUGUGUGCGAGAAGGACAGCGGCGGAGUACGAGGAGCAACUUUGUGGACCAAAUGAGGCGAAGGCGCGAGAACGUCAAAUACUGGACGCUGUUUUCAAGACGCCUCGCGUCGGGUUACACCCUGCAGACAUCAGCAAAACCUUGGAGCCUUCUCAUAUUAAAGAAGAGGAUGAGCCAGUGCAUCCUUACAUUAAAGAGGAGGAAGAACUCCUAUACAUUGAGAAGGUGGAAGAAGAGCCUGUGAACAUUGAGGAGAAGGCGGAUUUCACCAAGUUGCCAUCGAUUGUUGUCCUUUUGAAGAGCGAAGAUGACGGGCAAAGUGAGAGAGGGCCGGAGUCUCCAAGCAGCAGCUCAAGUCCACAUAUGGCAACAGAAGGCGAUGGAGACCACUCCGCAGAAUCGCCAGCAGACGGCCUCAUAGCUCCACUAUCAGAUAGUGAUGACAUGUCACACUCUCCUCACACUGACGACGAUGAACAGUCUGAAGGGGAUAUGACAUGUCUCACUGACAACAAAUGCUGGAAAUGUUCUCAUUGUAGGAAAACGUUUGUCUACAAGUCUCUUUUGAAAAAGCAUAUGAUGAUACACACUGGAGAGAAGCCGUACGCAUGUUCAGUUUGUGGGCAAAGAUUCACUCAAGAGGGACAUUUAAGAAGACACACAAGAAGACACACUGGAGAGAAACAGUUUGUCUGCACAGUUUGUGGUAAAAGAUUUGCUCAAAGAACCAGUUUGACAACACACACACGAACACACACUGGAGAGAAACCUUUUGUCUGCUCAGUUUGUGGGCAAAGAUUUGCUCAGAGAAACCAUUUGACAACACACACAAAAACGCACACUGGAGAGAAACCUUUUGUCUGCUCAGUUUGUGGUCAAAGAUUCUCUGAAAAGGGAAGCCUAAAAAGUCACACAAGAACACACACUGGAGAUAAACCUUUUUCCUGCUCAGUUUGUGGUAAAAGAUUCUCUCAGAAGGGACAUUUAGGGGUUCACAGAAGGACACACACAGGUGAGGAACCUUUUUCCUGCUCAGUUUGUGGUAAAAGAUUUUCCCAGAAAGGACAUUUAGGGACUCACAGAAGAACCCACACUGGUGAGAAACCUUUUGCCUGCUCUGUGUGUGGCCAAAGAUUCACUGUCAAGGGACAUUUAAAAACACAUGCAAGAAUCCACACUGGUGAGAAACCUUUUGCCUGCUCAGUUUGUGGCCAAAGAUUUACUACAAAGGCAUAUUUUAGAAUACACACACAAACCCACACUGAUGGGAAUCCUUUUGCCUGCUCAGUUUGUGGCCAAAGAUUCAUUAUGAAGGGAUAUUUAAAAAUACACAUGAGAAUACACACUGGAGAGAAACCUUUCCCCUGCUCUGCAUGUAGUAAAAGAUUCUCUACAAAGGAACAUUUAAAAUCACACACGAGAACGCACACUGGAGAAAAACCUUUUGCCUGCUCAGUUUGUGGGCAAACAUUUUCUCUAAAGGGAAACUUAAAAAGUCACACAAGAACGCACACAGGUGAAAAACCUUUUGCCUGCUCAGUUUGUGGUCAUAGAUUCUCUAGAAAGGGAAACUUAAACAUACAUGCAAGAAUACACACCGGAGAUAAACCUUUUGCCUGUUGAGUCAAAACAAAAUUCUCAGUAUAAGGAUCAGGAUGAAUGUGCUGGUACAGUAGUGGUGAUUAAUUAAGCUUUGAAUGAAAAUCUACAUGUAAAAUAUUAAAACUGCUGUGACAGUGAUUUGGAAUAAUCUACAUUUUUGCAUUCUAUCUACUUUGUUGUAUGCUAUCUAUCGUCUUGUAUUCUAUAUACCUUCUUAAAGACAUCCUGUGGAUGACUGAAUUAGCACUCGUGCUAAAACAAAGCAAUGCACUCGACUGCUGUGUCAAAUGUUUUGUAAUGUGCAUAUCAAAGAAGCGAAUCAUUGAUAGAAACUUGAACUCUUUGGGGUAAGAUGGAAAGCUCUGUAUGUGAUUCUGAAUAAAAUACUGUGGGACCUCGCUUGCGUUAAGGACUUAAUUUACUCUUGAGUUAUUUUUUAUUUUUUUUUACUCAUUUAACUUAACUCAAGGUGUUAAAACCUGUUUGUGUUGGAGACUUGAAAGUGUGCUUUUGUUUUGUAAAGAAGGGCAGAGGCACAAUUGGAUGCAGCUUCACCCUCUACCUUUUCAGUUAGCUUUAUCCUUUGUUGUGUUUUGGACUGAUUAAAAGCUAAUCAAAUAAAAAAAACUACCUCCUAAUUCCAUGUACUAUUUUUUUAACUUAAAUUUAUUCUAAAAUCUCUCUUUUUUUUUAGUGUGUGUAAUGUUUUAAACUGAUAUGUAAACUGAUAUGUACCCCAAUUUGACUCAAUUGCUAACUAACCGUUUCACAGGCUAUUUGUGCGCUUCUUGACAGUCAAUGCCUGAACAUCAGCGAAAAGUGCUUGACAUUAUAACUGGUUGUAUUUUUACUAAAUUAGGAACUUUUAAUUUAUAAACUUGUUUAUUCAUGAAAGUAUUUUAAAUGUUUAUAACAUAAUACAAUGCACCUGGUGAUAAAGUGAUAAAAUAAUUAUGAGUAUAUUUAUUCCUGUCAAUAUGAAUUUUACCCCAGUGAUAAGGUGCCGGAAACAUUUUAAAAUGAUCCUUAGGCAGUAAGUGUUUGAAUUUCACCUUAAAAACCCUGUGUACAAAAAAAUCUUGUCUACAUAUUCACGCUGCACACACACAAAUACUGUACAGUGUACACUGUACACUUUUUAUCGCUUACAUUAGCAGGAUUAGCAGGAGGAUAGUGAGAAAUGUUAAACAUACCUGCAAGGCUCCAGUAGCGUUUUCAGCUGUUUAUUUCAGCUGUAGUUGCCAUUGCAAUCUUGGUGUGGUCGGUGAGGACAUCCCUCAGUGGUUGAUCGUUUCUGAUCU